AUGCUCGGUAGGCUGGUACUUUUGUCGGCGGUGGCCGUCGGUUGGGUGACGGCCCAAGCCUACAAGCCGGAACACAAGAUCGAACACACCGCCGACAUGGACUUUUUGCUCAAGCAAAAGCGCGUCUACCAGAUCAUGUACCACUCCAACAUGCCCGAGUUGAAGGCCGAGCUUCACAAGGAGGGCCAGGAGUACGAUGUCGAGGCCAACAAGGACAACUACACCAACAAGGAGGUGGUAACGGAGUUCCUGCGUCGCUACGAGCACGGCUUUUUGCCGAGCGAGGCCGACUUCUCGAUAUACCACCCCCGGUGCCUCGCGGAAACCAUCGCCGUGUUCCGUUUGCUCUACUACGCCAAGGAUUUUGACACCUUCUACAAAACGGCCCUAUUCUGUCGCAACCGGAUCAGUCCCUCUGUGUUCAGCUACGCGUACUACCUUGCCGUCAUCCACCGGCCGGACACCAAGUUCAUGAAGCUGCCGCCCCUGUACGAGAUCACACCCACGUAUUUCUACAACCGCGAGUUGCUCGAGAAGGCGCACCACUACAAGAAGCACGGCCAGUUCGUGCCCAAGCACAGCGCUGGCUACGACGCGUACGUCAUCCCGUACAACUACUCGAGGGUAUCCAGCGAGUACGACUACGAGCAGCGGCUGGCGUACUUUACCGAGGAUGUCGGGCUGAACGUGUUCUACUACUUUUUGCGCAACAUGUACCCGUUCUUCAUGAGUAGCGAGGAGUUCGGCUGGCCAAAGUACUUCCGGGGCGAGGAGUACCUGUACGGCCAGGACCACCUAUUCAACCGCUUCUACCUGGAACGGCUGAGCAACGACCUCGGCAAGAUCGAGGAUUACGAUCACAGUAGGCCGUUCUAUCCGGGCUACUGGCCCUCCCUCGACCAUCCCAAUGGACAACAGUUCCCAUCCAGACCCGCCGACGCCUACUUCCCCAGAGACAAGUACAAAAAGAUCAGGGAGUUUGAAGAGUACGAGUCGAGAAUCAACCAGGCGUUGGACUCCGGGAUCGUGUACACCAAGGAAGGCAAGACCGAGAAGAUCCUCAACUAUGGUGGUAUCAACAUCCUCGGCAACAUGAUCGAGGGCAACGCCGACUCGUGCAACCCCAUGUACUACGGCAACAUCGAGGCCCUCGGCCGCAACAUCAUCGGCUUCGGCUCGGACCCGGACACGAGCAACAAUCCUGUGUCCAGUGCCCUCGAGCAUUUGGUGACGAGCGUCAGGGAUCCGGGCGUCUGGAGGCUCUGGAAAAGAAUACUCGACUUUUACCGCAGGUACAAGAAAAACCUGCAGCCCUACAAGCCCGAGAAAAUCCGGUUCCCCGAGUUGAAGAUCGAGUCGGUGACGACCGACAGGCUCGAGACCUUCUUCGAGCCGUUCGACGUGACGAUAAGCCACGGGUUGCCGAUUGUCAGCGAACACGAGGCCAAGGACCACGUGGUCCAGACCCGGCAGUACCGUUUGAACCACAAACCCUUCAAGCUGUACAUCAACAUCGAGUCCGAGAAGGAGGUCAACACCUCCAUACGCUUAUACUUCGGUCCGAAGUACAACGUGCACGGGCAGGAGGAGAGCCUUCAGCAACGUCGCCCCUACUUUUACAGUUUAGACAUGAUUCUCUACCGUCUGAGCCCCGGGAUGAACAAGAUCGAGCGCGACUGCAACGAUCUUUUCUUCACGGUGGAAGACAGCGAUCCGAGCGAGGUGUACUACAAGAAGGUCCUCGACGCGAUAGCGGGAAGCGGCGAGCUCAAGUACCAGCAGGUCGUGUACGGUUUUCCGCAGCGGCUGAUUUUGCCGAGGGGCAGACCGGAGGGUAUGCCGUAUCAGUUAUACGUGCACGUGUCGCCGUUGGAGAGCGACCCGUUGUACUACUGGUCGCCCACAAUUGGCGAGUCGCUGCUGGACUCACGGCAUUUCGGCUUUCCCCUGGACAGGCCCUUCCACGAGCACGAAUUCCACGGACCGAAUUUCUACGCCAAGGACGUGCUCAUUUACCACUCGAUGGAGAACGACGUGGGCUAUUGAUUCGCGCAUUGUUUAU